UGGACAAAUGAAGACUGGCCUGGAGAAGGGCAGGGAGGGCAAGGAGGGCAAGGAGGGGGAGGGCAGGGAGGGCAAGGAGGGCAGGGAGGGCAGGGAGGGCAGGGAGGGCAAGGAGGGCAGGGAGGGCAGGGAGGGCAGGGAGGGCAAGGAGGGCAGGGAGGGCAAGGAGGGGAAGCAGAAAGAGAAUAUAAACCAGGGGGAAAACAGGUAACCAGCUCCAGAAAAACAUUAA